UCUUUUAUUAUCUUCCGACUAACACAACACAAGCUGACAGAAGUUAUGAAAUGGGUAUAAGGCCGGUCGGGACAUAACUUGCAAAGAGGCUAUUGUACUGUAUUUUUAUUCUUUUUUUAUUAUCAUGUGUUGGAUGUCAAAAGCAUAGUUUAGAUAUGCACUCCCAGAUAUUAUGUAGCGGCACAGCCGCGGUCGUCGCUUCGAGAAGAAUGCGGAAUAUUCUGGGUGCUGUCCUGGGAAGAGACGGCUGGAUGUGGAGAACACAUGAGGUCAAACUUAUCAACACAUCCUCAGGUGACACAGUGAAGAUUGGGGAGAUAUCUUACAAACUCAAAACGCCCCGGAAUCCAGAACUUGUUCCUGUCAAGCACAUUUCAGACUCCUUACCUCAGACAGUGGCACAGCACCUACGAUGGAUUAUGCAGAAAGACCUGUUGGGUCAGGAUGUGUUUCUUAUUGGUCCCCCAGGACCCUUGAGACGAUCCCUAGCUAUGCAGUAUCUUGAGCUGACCAAACGGGAAGUUGAGUAUGUUGCUCUGUCCAGGGACACUACAGAGACUGAUCUGAAACAGAGGAGAGAGAUCCGCUCAGGGACGGCCUUCUACAUAGACCAGUGCGCUGUUAGAGCAGCAACACAAGGUCGAGUCCUGGUCCUGGAGGGGCUGGAGAAGGCAGAGAGAAAUGUACUGCCUGUCCUCAACAACCUUCUGGAAAACAGAGAGAUGCAACUGGAGGAUGGACGCUUCCUUAUGUCAGCUGAGCGUUAUGACAAGCUGCUGCAGGAACACACCAAAGAGGAAUUGGACAGCUGGAAGAUUGUCCGUGUAAGUGAGGACUUUCGGGUGAUCGCUCUUGGUCUUCCUGUCCCCAAGUACAAGGGCAACCCACUGGAUCCUCCUCUUCGCUCUCGAUUCCAGGCCAGAGACAUCUACUACCUACCAUUCAAGGACCAAUUGGAGAUGCUGUACACAGCAGGACCAAACAUUGCUGCAGAAAGAGUGUCCCAGCUGCUGUCACUAGCCACUACGCUGUGCUCCCAAGAAUCAUCCAACCUUGGCCUACCUGACUUCCCUGUGGACAACUUGCUUCCCGCCCUCCAUGUGCUGAAUGCUUUCCCCAUGCUGUCCUCCCAGCAGCUGCUCCAGAGACUUUACCCCUACAGCAGCAUCCUGGGCAAAGAAGGGCGCAGUGCUGUGGAGGGUGUACUCAGUAGAUUUGAGCUUUUGGAUGGUCAUCGUCAGCCAGCACCUAGCACCAUUUUGAAUGUGUCCAGGACAAGGGAUCUUGAGGGGCACGCAGAUGUCACAUUACGUGUCGCAGACAAAGACAUCACCUUUCAGGUUCCAGCAGGCACCAAGGAGCUGCGUCUUCCCAGCAGUAGCCCUACCUUCAUCAGUACGCCAAGCCACUCGCAGCUGAUGGCUGAGAUGAUGCAGUCACACAUGGCAAAAGACAUAUGUCUGAUAGGAGCCAAGGGUUGUGGCAAGUCCGUGAUUGCGAGAGAGUUUGCUGAGAUCCUGGGUUACAGCAUAGAGCCAGUCAUGCUCUACCAGGACAUGACAGCCAGGGACCUUCUGCAGCAGAGAUAUACUCUCCCCAAUGGAGACACAGCAUGGAGGCCGUCUCCACUAGUCACUGCUGCCAUUGAGGGAAAGCUGCUUAUUCUGGACGGUAUACACAGGGUCAACCUGGGAACUCUGGCAGUGCUGUCUAGAUUGCUCCAUGACAGGGAGUUGGAUCUGUAUGAUGGUACCCGGCUGCUGAGGUGGGACAGGUACCAAACACUAAAGGAUCAACUACAGUUCAGUGACCACCAACUUCAAGAGAGGUCAAUCCACCCCAUCCAUCCAUCAUUCAGGGUGCUGGCCUUGGCAGAGCCCCCCGUUGUGGGUGCCAGUGCAAGCAGCAGCAGCAACAGAGGUCAGCAGUGGUUGAGCCCAGAACUGCUCACUAUGUUCCUCUACCACACAGUCACCCCCCUGGCCAGAGCAGAGGAGAUGAGCCUCAUACAGGGACUGACUCCGAAUGUUCCAAUGGAAGCAGCAGAGCAUCUGCUGCACCUCACUCACAGUCUUCGCAAGACGAACGAUCCCACAGCACAGUCUCUGGCCUCUUCUCUCUCCACCAGACAGCUGUUAAGGAUCUGUCGCCGUCUCUCUCAAUACCCUGAGGAGAGCAUCGCCCGUGCUGUCAAUAAGGCUUGUCUUUCCAGGUUCCUGCCUAGUCUGGCCCGUGCCUCUCUCGAAAAAAGCCUGGACAACUGCUCUAUACCGGACACACCAGAUCCUGCUGACACUCGUGACUUCAGCUGUAGGAUAAAGGAAGGUGUGCUGACUGUUGGCAGUGUGUCUGCUCCCGUCUACAAGCCUAACGAGAAAAUUAAGGUUCCAGACGUGCUCUUCUACGAUAAUCCCCAGCACAUGAUGGUGAUGGAAGACAUGUUGAAAGACUUUAUCUUAGGAGAGCACCUCCUCUUGGUGGGCAACCAGGGCGUUGGUAAGAAUAAAAUAGUGGACCGGUUCCUGCACCUUCUGAACAGGCCCCGAGAAUAUUUACAGCUCCAUAGGGAUACAACCGUCCAGACCUUGACCCUGCAGCCCUCAGUCCAAAAUGGCAUAAUCAUGUAUGAAGACUCACCUCUGGUCAAGGCAGUGAAACUGGGUCACAUAUUAGUGAUUGACGAGGCCGACAAAGCUCCCACUAAUGUCACCUGCAUCCUAAAAACCCUGGUGGAGAGCGGAGAGAUGAUUCUGGCCGAUGGACGCAGAAUCAUCUCAGAUCCACGUGAAGCUGAGGGGAAGUCCAACACCAUAGCCAUGCACCCAGACUUCAGGAUGCUUGUCCUGGCUAACCGACCUGGUUUUCCUUUCCUUGGCAAUGACUUUUUUGGAGCUCUAGGUGAUAUUUUUAGCUGCCAUGCUGUGGACAAUCCAAAGCCCCAGGCUGAGCUAGCAAUGCUUCAACAGUAUGGGCCUGAUGUUCCUGAAGCUACUCUGCAGAAACUGGUGGCCGCCUUUGGAGAGCUGAGGUCCAUGGCCGACCAGGGCACCAUCACCUACCCUUAUUCCACGCGAGAAGUGGUCAACAUUGUCAAACACCUUCAGAAAUUCCCUGACGAGGGUUUGGCCAACGUGGUGCGAAAUGUCUUCGACUUUGACUCAUACAACAAAGACGUGAGAGAGGUUCUGAUCGAAGCACUGCACAAGCACGGGAUUCCUAUUGGAGCCAAGCCAAGCUCUGUCAAACUGGCUAAGGAGUUACCGCUGCCAGAGGUUAAGAUGACGGGGUACUGGACAAUAAACCAAGGAGGCAAUGCUCGUCGCAAACUGCUCUGUCCCACUGAGACACACCCUAUAGACAUCAAGGGUCCAGUGUUUCUGCGUGUUCAGGGUCACCCCUGCAACAGACAGGAAAGCAGGGCUUUGAGUUUCAGCGAAGAGAAAGCCCACUGGCAGAUUCCCAUGAGUGAGGUCAACAUCAUCUGCGAUGUCACCACCAAAGAUGAUGUUCUGUACGUGGCAACCUGUAAUCCAGUGUCCUUGUACUCAAUGAAGGAGCAUGGGGACAAAAUUCAUUGCAUGGAGCUUUAUGACGUCUUCCCCAGGACCAUCAGUGGUGUUUGGCAGCCCUUUGUCACCAUCGCUCCACUUGGGAGUCCCCUGGAUGGACAGGUGGUGCUGCACGAGGAGCAGAGUAACACAGUGCUUCAUUUGGACAUGGUAACAGGCGCCGUGCGGAGGCUCAUGUUGUCUCCAGACAGUGAGCAGCCCUCAACUAGCACCUCGAAUUGGUGGAGCAGUAAGGAACAACAGGGGGGCCAUAAGAUGUGUCAUGACUUCGCCCACAAAAACUGGCUUCUCUUCUAUAAGGAGAAUGGCAAUCAGCUGGACGUGCUGGAUGUGCUGGAGGGCCGGGUUCACUCCAUAUCCCUUCCAAUUAACCUCAAGUCUGUAUUCCUGGUGGCAGAGGACCGCUGGCUGCUGCUGGAGAGCAACUCUAACAAGAAGUUCCUGCUGACCAAGCCCAUGCAUAUGGCAGCUGAAGACUCUGGAGUUUGUCAGCUCCACAGCAUCAGUGAGGACUCAGUGAGCACAGGCCAUGGAGCCACCUCAGCUGAGGUGUCCUUACCCCAGAUGUUGUCCUGUGAACAGCUGCCCAAUGAGAACCUCAGUGCCGCUUUGAACCAGAAGAUUGUUUCACCUAACCGUAUACUGGCUGACACUGCCUCCUUUGCGCGGGUCGUGGUGGGCUUUCCAGACCUCGUGUCCCCUAAUGAGGUUUACAGCUUUAAGAGGCCUGCUGAUCUGUUAGAGAUGAAGAGUGGUGAGAAGGGAAGUCACAUGUUCCUCAGAGGUGGGCUUCGGUCCAGCACAGCCAAAAGGGACAAUUGUGUCAGUCUGCUCUCAGCUAAUCAGGUGGUCCGGGCCCUUCCUCCAAACAAAGUGCCUCUGAAGGAGGUCUACCCAAAAGAUGUCACACCUCCAAUGACAGCGGCUUACCUGGAAGUGACAGAUCUUAACUCCAAAAAAGUCAAAUAUAUUCCUGUCCCAAGGUCAAUGUCUGUGUCGCCUUACACCAGCUGGUUGUCCAAGAUUUCAGAGUCUGAUGUGCUGAUGACUCCUCUCGGUACUGGAGGUGUGGUCACAGUGGAUAUGGGGGGCUAUGUCCGUCUCUGGGAGACGGGAUUGGACACCCUGCAGCGAUCACUGAUGGAAUGGAGGAAUAUGAUUGGGACGGAGGAUGGCAGACCUAUUCAGAUCACCGUCCAGAGGGACAGCGGCCAGGAUGUCACUGCCCCAAAACAUGGCAAGGUUGACCCCAACAACGCUCCUCACGUUGGGGGAAACCAGUGGGCGGGAGGCACAGGCGGCAGAGACACAGCGGGGCUGGGUGGCAAAGGGGGGCCCUAUCGGCUAGAUGCAGGGCACAAGGUGUACCAGGUGUCCCAGGCUGAGAAAGACGCAGUUCCAGAAGAGGUGCGCAGGGCCGCACGUGAAAUGGGUGAAAAGGCCUUCAAAGAAAGGUUGAAGGAGAUUGAUAUGAGUGAGUACGAUGCUGCCACGUAUGAGCGCUUUUCUAACGCUGUCAGGAGACAAGUUCAGUCUCUACGUAUUAUCUUGGACACUUUACAGGCUAAAGGGAAAGAAAGACAAUGGUUGAAGAACCAGGCUCUAGGAGAAUUGGAUGAUGCUAAAAUCAUCGAUGGACUGACUGGAGAGAAGGCUAUAUAUAAACGCAGGGGAGAACUGGAUCCAGAGCUGGGCAGCCCUCAGCAGAAGCCCAAGCGUUUACGAGUCUUAGCUGACGUGUCGGGCAGCAUGUACCGCUUCAACGGCGUGGAUGGCAGGCUGGAGCGCUCCAUGGAGGCAGUGUGCAUGGUCAUGGAGGCUCUAGAGAGCUAUGAGCACAAGUUCAAGUAUGACAUAGUGGGCCACUCUGGUGACGGCUACGACAUCGAGCUGGUCCGAGCGGACAAAGUUCCCAAGAAUAACAAGCAGAGACUCAAAGUCCUCAAGACCAUGCAUGCCCACUCUCAGUUCUGCAUGAGUGGUGACUACACUCUGGAGGGCACAGAUGCCAGCAUUAAGGAGCUGACAAGAGAAGAGGCCGAUGAGCACUUUGUGGUGGUGCUCAGCGAUGCCAACUUGGAACGCUAUGGCAUCCGGCCCGAGCGAUUCGCCCAAGUCCUGACCUCGGACCCACAGGUCAAUGCCUUUGCUAUCUUCAUUGGAUCCCUUGGGGAUCAGGCUGAAAGACUCCAAAAGACCCUGCCAGCUGGGAGAUCCUUUGUUGCCAUGGACACCAAGCAGAUCCCCCAAAUACUGCAGCAGAUCUUUACAUCUACAGUGCUGUCCAAUGCCUGAGACUGACACAAACAAAAACGCACAUGCACACAGAAACACACACACUCUCUUCUUAUCUCACACAGUCCAAACCUCCAAAUGAGUUGAGUGAUAACUCACUUUUUGUAUCAGAUUCUAAAACUUUCUCUGACUGUACCAGGUCUGAAGACUCACCUCUGUACAAGCCUGAAGGGCAAAGACAGUUAUGUUUACUAUUCAACAGAAGCCUUCAGUCAAAAUGUGACAGUGUUGUGUUAGCGUGACAGAGUUAAAUAAUAUCUAGAUGUGUUGUACCGUCCCUCUGGGAAUAAGAACUGUACAGUGUGGUCUGUGAUUAUGUGCACAAUGACUGCAUUACUGUCAAAUGACACGCACUGCACUGAUAACUGCAGUGACAUUAUGAAUGCCUGGAGCCUGUCUCAGACCCCAUGUUGGGAUCAAGCACAUAGUCCAGCCUAUUGUUGUUUUGUGUUUUGGGCUGAUAGUGUGCUGACGCACGCACACGUACGUUCUCGUCCUGUUUUGGGUUGUGAGCAACUUUACUUAGAAAGGACGGGUCAUGAACUUGGAACAGCCUCACUUAUUUGGACUUCCUCCUCAUUUCUCAUCUGUCACACAGAAAAGCACACAGACACACGCAUGACGGGCAACACCAACACACCACCUGAGCGACACUUGGAUGUGGCUAGCGGCAGUAACUUGGCUCUUUUGGAAUGUCGUGACUGUGACCAGGGAAUUUCCCACCUGACUGCACACGCUCUUUAAAGGCAGCCGCUGUUGCCCAAGCCCCUGCCGCGUGUGUGUGUGUGUGUGUGUGUGUUCUCCCCAAGCAUCUAUGUCAACAUGCACAAGCCUUUUCCUUCCUGACUGCUGGACCUUGUGACACCGCAUGCUCGUCUCAGUCCAGCAAGGAAUCUGAGAUGGCCUUUUAUUGCCAGACCUCUCACUCCUCUCUUUCUUUCUCAAACAUACUCAUGACCACCUUCGCCACUACAAGGCAAAUUAGCAGAAAAUUCUCUGACUGUCUGUGUCUGUGUGCAUAGUUGUGUGUGUUUGUGUGCAUCAUUUGAAUCAGGCUGUGCCGUCUGAUUAAUUCUUCCUGUCUGUGCCAACUGUGUCCAACUGCGUAUCAGUCUGGCCCCUGGUUGUGAUACUUGGUGUUCACGCCUCACUAUGCUUCACUGACAGGAUCAAUAGAACAGCCGUUCUAGCUAUCCAUUGUUCAUUGAUCCCUCUCUGAUAGAGGUCCUGUCAGUGUUUUUAUUAACCCACUUCUGUCUUUGACCCUCUCUCUUACUUGUUUUCCAAUUCUGCUGAUUAGUAGGAUGUAGUAAAAUUGACAUUUUGCCUUCAUGAAAAGAUGUUGAAAUUUCAUGUUUGGGUAUAAUUUAAAGUGUGCAUAGAAGCAUUUUAAUAUUAUAUACAGAAAGAUAGAUUUCAAUCUCUUUAGUUUUAGCGAAUUGUACAUUAUUUUAUGUAAUUACUGUGUGAAAAAAAUUGUACAAGUGUUGUAAGAAAUUGUAAUAAAUUCAUGCUAAUAAUGCUC